AUUUAGUGUUUCUGAAUGAGCGAGGCGUGUAGCUGCCAGGACCUUUUGCAGAGCUGAGUUGCCGGAGGGAGAUAUGGAGCCGCGGAAAAUCGAGUGGGUCGGACCUCCGUGCGGUUCCCACGGACCGUACACUUUCUACCGGGCUUUCAGCGUGGCCGAGGCGGCCUCCCCGGGCGGCGGGAAGCCGCUCACCGCCAGGCUCGGCCAGUUCCUCUUUGUCCGCUGCCAGCCGCAUGAGCCCGAGUGUAUCGCCGAGCUCCAGCUGCUGUGGGAGGACCGCGGGCGCCAGCAACUGCUCGCCAGCACCAGGCUCUACUUCAGCCCCGAGGAUACCCCGCAGGGCCGGAGCCUUCACCACGGCCAGGAUGAGGUCAUUGCAGUCUCCAAAAGGAUAAUUAUCCGUCUACAAGAUUUGGUGAAAUGGGUGUGCACUGAGAGUUCACAAUGGACCACUGAUACUGAGGAAGAGAAACCCAGCAUUAUUGAUUUGCAUUGCAGUGACUGCAAGGAGGACCCUGAGCUGAACGUCACAUCACCUACACGCUGCUGCCACACCUCAAACAGUGUGGAAAAUGAAUUUGAAAGUUCAGGGUUUAAAGACGAUCGACCACGAGUGAAAAUACUAAGCUACCCCCAGUACUGUCGCUAUCGAGCCAUCCGGAAGAGAAUUCAGAAAGCAUCAGCUGACUGUGUCAGUGAAGCUCAGCUACUGGCUCUCGGAGGAAUUCUUCUGGUUAACCAAAACACCAAGAUUCUUUACUGCCGGGAAACAUUUGAACACCCAACGCUGGGGGAUAACAAAUCCAUAUGUGAUGAGUUUGCACCUCGUGUUUUGACACGUACUUCAGCUGGGAGAGUGGUCCGGACAAGGUUACAAAUCACUGCACAGCCGCGAUCACUGACCUUACUACGUCUUCAUUUAGCAGGAGCAGCCCGUAUCAAAGGACGAUCUCGAAAAAAGAAGAAAUCGACAUGCAGAAAGAGUGACGAGAGCUUGUCACGGGAGAACCAAUGGCCCUGCCAAUUGGAUGUCAAGGAAGAGAAGAACAAAGUUGGAUCAGAAACGAUGGCAGCUGCAAGUGCAGAAGCAGAUCAGCCAGCUGAACAAAAUGACCUCCUUUCUGCAGAGCAAUGCUUCCUGAAGGCUUUGUAUAAUUUUAUGUGUGAUCGCAACACUCCCAUCGCCAGAAUACCUCACCUGGGCUUCAAGAAAAUUGAUCUGUUCAUAAUGUUCACUGUUACACAACGGCUUGGAGGAUAUGAGGCAGUGACUGCCCGUAGACUGUGGAAACAUAUCUAUGAUGAGCUGGGUGGUAACCCGGGGAGUACUAGUGCUGCCACUUGUACCAGGAGACAUUACGAGAGGCUGAUCCUACCGUAUGAACGCUACCUCAGAGGGGAGGAACACAAACCACUACCACCAGCCAAACCACGUAAGCACACUACAAGCACAUCAGAGGACUCUGAGAAAGAUGUCAAAACUAAAAACGGGGAGCCGAACUUGAAAGUGAAGAAGAUUCCGGAAUCGACUGGAUUAUCAGAGAAAGAGGGUCAUCUCUCAAGUGCUGGGAGAUGCCAAGACAAAAGCCAAAGGACUGUCACAGCUCAGCACACAGGUACUCAGGGUAACCCCCCAGAUAAGAGGAUACAACCUCUAAAAUGUAAAAACCAAGAUGAUGGUGCAUCAAUAAGAGGAGAAUAUUCCAGAAGCAAGGCCUUCCCUCUUACAGAUUUAGGAAAAGGUGAGAAGUCUGAGACUGAAGUGCAUCAAACACAUGAGCAAAAAUUAAAAAGACAGAGAUAUAGUGAUUGCCCAAGUGUGGGGAAAAACCAGAGAUCUCAGCUGCAGCCUCAGGACCUGUCGAGUGGCUCCAGUGUUAAAGGAAAGCUGCACGUUGCCACCGAAGGAGCAAAGUCCAUCUUGCCAUCUGCAAUGUUCCAGCACCUUCACUCUGGGAUACUGAACUUUCAGUUACCUGAAGGCAUGUCUCCUCUUGAUGUUCUUAAAAGCAGGUUGGGCCUGACCACUUCGAAAGGUGGAUGCAGGCCAGCUUUUCCCGGGACACCCAAGGUAGACCAAUCAAAGAAUAUCAAACUAGAUAGCAAAAUGUACAACAAAACCUUGAGAGAAGGUGAAACGCAGACUGUUACUCGGCUUAAUAGAGAAGACUCGAAGUAUGUUUCUCAACCUGCAAAGAAAACUUGCAUGGGACAAAUGAAUGGAAUUCAACUGGUGAAAGGAAACAGAUCUCCUGUAACCCUGUUAAGUAACUCAAAUUCUGCCAAACAUGCUGCAGAUUCCAGGGAAGGACGUAAAGUGAACCCAAGGCCAGGAACGUUUGAGAGGCUACGUGUGAAUAAUGACAGUGGAGACGCUCAAAGUCGUCUGAAGGAGGGUUUAGUUGAGGAGGGAUUGAACUUAAGCAAGUGCAUGGACAGCAGCUAUGUGAGUGAUCGUAAAGAGCAACUGUCUGAAAGAUUACCUCAAAAUUUAUCCAAUAAACAGUCACUGCUACAGAUUGAGACUUCAAUGCAAUAUAGGGAACAGUCCUCUCCAUUAAAUCUCAGCAAGUCAAAUAGGAAUUCUCCAGGAAAGAGAACUGCAGAUCUAAUGCAUGCACCGGUCUGUUUAUCACGUAAGGGUGUCCCUCAUUACCUGCUCCGUCAGUCUUUACAAAAUCAUUAUGACAACAGGGAAAAGCAUAAUAACAGUGAACAACUGGCUAAGAAGCGGAGACUGGAUUCUUAUUGCACAAGGUUGGGUGAGCAGGGAAGAGAAUCUAUUCAUUCGGAUCAUAGCUCUGGUAUUGAGUCAAUGAGUCCCUCGCUCCGGAGCCUCAGUUCUCGAGUUGUGUCAGAGGAUCUCCCUACAGAUUUGAGUCUACCAAAAUAUCCUAAAACCCAGAAGCCAGAAUGCACUUCGACCAAUUCUGAUACGCCUCACGAUAAAACAAAAUUGAGCUCCGAGACCAUGAGUAAGCGUCCUACAAACCUGCCCCAGUUAUCUUCCCUACCCCCUGCUGUUUCAGAAACAAUGACUACAGCAGACAGCAGCCAAAGGUCUCGAGCACAAAGUGGGCCUCGCAUUCCACUUGGAACAUCCUCGAUCAAGGACGGAACAAAGAGCUGUAAGGAGGAGCUUCCCAAAGGCUCCACUAACAGGCCAUUCUCAUCAAAUAACCUGGUGUCAGCCAAACAAAGCCAACUUGCACAUCAUCCAGAGGAGUUGGGAAAAGAGGCUGAAGAGACAUCCGGAAAUGAGGUAUUCACCUCUCAUGUUGACCAAUGUCAACCAGAAGAAAAGCCUGCAGGGGACCAAGUAUCAAAUCUGUCCAGUCGUCAGGCCGUCUCCUCACGGAGUCAAGCAGACAAUAAGAAAGGCGCACAAGCAAGCCCAUAUCUCCUCGGAGGCUACCACCCUGAACUUCAUCAUAUGGCAGAGAAAUUUGGAGCACGUUUUCAGCUGGUUGACUUGAAUAAAAAUUCUGCAAAGGCUCGCAAGUCUGAUCCAGUUAUUGUGCCUGCAUUAACUCCUGGCCAUCCUGUUUCAUCUGCUAUGGUUCCCGGUUCUGUGCCGCAUCAACUUCUUGCUUCCCAUUCCCAGCAAAUGUAUAACCACCUCCUGCGAACUUCGGUGCUGCCUAACCUGCCUUAUGAUGAGGUAGUAAUGCACAGACUAUCUGCCAGCCCAUCGACAUUCUCUUCCUCCCACCUUUCUACAGUUUACUCUGAGAAACGAUUGUAAAUGGCUUUUUGAGGAGGGUUCUCUCUCAGAUUUACAAAAGCCAAAGUUCAGCUCGACAAAUGCAAGGUUGCACCAGCGGUCACUUUUUAUUUGCCUUUUUGUUUCAGGAAGUCUGCAUGUUGUUAAAGUUACUUUGCCCCCAGCCAAACUCUCGCAAUCCCCCUAAGUGUUGCAUUAACUAUUGCCUAGAGGGAGAUCUCCAAUUAUCUCUAUAGCCUGGUCAGUGUUAACUCUGGGCAACUUGCAGGGAUCUCCAGAACAGUCUAAUGGCUUUGAUGUGUCUGAUUUUACUUUUCUCUCCACUCAACUAUGAAGACAGAUGGGGAGAAAUUAGACUACUUAUUUUUCAUCUCCUUGCAGUGACAUCGUUGAGAAGAACUGCGUUCAGUAAAUCAAGUGAAACCGAAAGAACUGCGGAUGCUGUAAAUCAGAAACAAAAGCAGAAGUUGCUGGAAAAGCUCAGCAGGUCUGGCAGCAUCUGUGAAGAGAAAGUUUCGGGUCGAGUGACGUUUUCCUCAGAAGUGAGCUCCCCAGUUCUGAUGAAGCGAAACAGUAACGCUGAUUUCUCUCCACAGAUGCUACCAGAGCUGCUGAGCUUUUCCAGCAAUUUCUGCUUUUGUUUCAGUAUGUCUAGGCCCAGUUAUAUUGUAGCUUGUCAGAGAUGAAGAGACAGGUGGCUACUCCAGCAAUGAUUUCUGUCUUCUAUUUGCCUUUAUCAGGAAGGCAGUUGGAGUUUUCUUUCAGCAGGGAACUGCUUCCUUUAAGCCAGAAACUGACAUUCAGAAAUGAAACUAUGCUCCUAUUUUAAAUACGCGUGCAGAAUCUCUCUCCAAGAAAAAUGCGGGUUGUGCUCAGGGAGCGUUUUGUAUACUAAACUGCUGAUACUGCUUGAUCCAUUAGAAUUCUAAAUGAUAGCUUAACUUUAACUUCUACCUGUCAAGGUCUUCAACACUAGAGGGGAGGACAAAAGGCUCAUGCGUCAAUGCUCCUGUUGAGGACAUAACAAUGGACAAAUCUUCAGAAAGAUACUGUGAAGUAACAGAAUUACAGUCCCAGGUGCUGCUUGAGGUUUUGAGAGAACAGGAGGCCCCUUCCAACUUUAAAGAUCAGAAAUCAUUUCCCACGUGUCGGCCGGUCUCCUACCCUUUUGCUUGCCCUUAUUCUUCCAAAUUAAACAAUAACUUGGGAUGUGAGUUAUUUCUUUAGUUGGGAUAUUUGUUAUUGCACACACUUAACUACUAAAUACUGUGGAACUCGGAUGAGGUCAACUCCAAUUUGCCAAAGAAGAAAACUUGACCCUAACCAGAAACUGAUGAGUAUCAGAGGCACUCUGACUCUGUACGUCCUUUCCUCAUCUAGUUUCUUCUGCAUAAUGAUUGUACCAUAUGAGUGGUUUUUAAUGAAAACAUUCCUUUUAUGUUAGCUUGCCUAAGCUAUUUUGAAAGUUUUUACUGUUUAAAUAUGCUUAUCAAUUUUGAAAGUUACACUUUUUGUUUCCAGAAUGUAUCUGUAGAUCAUAAUGUUGUAUAAUUCUGUAAUGUAUGAGACAGGUCCACAGUAUUUACAAGAUACUAUUUCUGUUAGUAGUAAGACCUCAGGACUUGACUUACAAGAUGGAGAGAGCGCUUGGUCAGUGGGGAGGACUAUAACAGACUGCAGUGCGGAGUCUUGUCACUUGUGUAACAUUUUCACACAGGUGAUGAGAUUGCACCCUUGGAGACUAGGUAAAACUAUAAUAACUGUCAGCGUAUAUUUGAUGAAUGUUGAAGCACUGGACGUUGUCUCCCUCGUUCUAAAUUGGCCUUGUGCAAUUUCUGUUUUGACAUUAGUUUUCAUUCUUAAGCCAAUGCAGCCACUUUAAGUAACUGAAUUUAAACUGUAAUCUCUAACUGUUUGCAUUUCUAGAUUUCUAUACAACCAGUUCCUGUAAACUCUGGCAAUGGAGAUAUUAAUAAUUCCCUCAGGUACUUGCAUCUCAUUGCACCUAUUUAAAUGAUUACAACAAAGCAGUUCAUCUUCAUCUGCAAUUCCAGGAGAUCCAACUUGCCUGGCAUUGAGGUAUCUAAGUUGUACCUUGAGAACUGUGCUUCCAGAUGGUUAUGAUGACUUCAAGAGGAUAGCAGCAGAAUUCUGCAAAGCAGUUGCCUUGUUUGACUAAACAUAUUUUAAUUUACCAUCCCCUCAACGGGUAAAUAGCUGAUCAUGGAGCUGUGCGAAUGUACUGCAACAUGAUUUUUUUAAGUUUGACUUUUUCAGACCAGCAAAACAAAUGCACUGUUAGAGACUUUGGAAAGAGGCAAAAAAGAUAUAUUUUCAAAAGGGCCAGUUCACCCGUGUCUGUGUCCAGUUCAAUUUCCGUAUGUUUAGCUGCAAAAAGCCUGCUAUACUGUGUGAAUCUUGUUUGACUCUCCUCUGAUUGCUUAAAGAUUUGAGGGAUCAAAGCUAAUAAAAUAUAGACUGUUAUGUCCAUAUAUAGAAAUGACACUAGAUCUCUUCUGCAAGAAUUUAUCCCUCAGAUCACAUUAACCUUCUGGCUUCCUUUGUCGGAAUUUCUGUAUACUACUUUGAAAGAUUUCAAGGGUACAGCAUUAUGAACACUGUAAGAAUUCAUGAGAUGCAUUACCCAGUUAUAGACUUGAGUUAAGAUUCUGGAAGAAAAACCAUCUUGAAAUGGUCACUAACAUUUUCAUAUUUAUUUUGCGGUAACUUUAUUCAGUUUUUUAAAAUUAACUAACUUUAUACUUUUGAGUGGUUAACCUUUUCCUGCCUGAUUUUAGAAAUUAUUUUAUGUUGAAUGCAUACUGAUUUUGCUGUUAAGUUGAAUUAGUUUUUAGAAUUUGGUUUUAAAAAGCUGCCAAGUUUUAAUUUGUUACCAUCAUUGUGGUGAUCAAACCACCACCCCCCCCCCUCCCAGAAACAUCUGCCUAUCCUCCUUUUUCAAUCCAUUCAGUGAUGAAAAUAACACAAAAGAGUUCCAGAUACAGAUCUUCGCAGGAGAAUGGGUUCAGCAACAAGAGUCCUGAUUAAUGUUUUGACCAAGUACAGCUUGAAAAGCUAAUUCCUAAUGUUACCAGCACCACUGGUCUAGUUGACCUCGCUGGCUGAUGGGUUUGAUGUCCCAAACUUUAAGUCUUUUCCCUGUAGUUGUUCAUAUUUUAAAUCAUUUUAACCAAAAUCCCUUAUUGUUUUGGGGUGCCUUUGGGUUGAAGAAGGGAUUAUCGUAGAACUUUCAGGAGCACAUGUAGAUCAGGAAUUGACAAAGUUGAGCUAGCACCUUGUGUCUUUUCAACUUCCUGUAUCACACAUUAUGCACUGAGCUGUUAAUUGGUUGUAAAAAUGUCUCUUUGUGAAAGGCAACAUAGAACAAUCUGAAAAUGGCCUCAAACUUAAUUUCUAAAUCUGACCUAUUCCCAAAUGAAAUGAACCUUUGUCGUUUUGAAAGUUACCUUAGUUUUCAUGUUUUUUCCCAAUAGUAUCUCUUGCAGAUAGAAUAGGCACAUUCUACAUAGUGUGGCACUUACUCAGUCUUUGUUAAGCAGGACAAGAUGUAUAAAUAUACAGUGCUUUUGUUGUGUUUGAUACAUAAAUCAAGCAUGGUAAACAACUGUUGCUUGAGCAGCUUGUUGAGAGUACAGUUAGAUUAACUUUGAUUCUUAAUUUACACAUUCUCUCUGUGUCUGCAUGGGUGUCCUCUCACAGUCAAAAUGUAUGCAGUUUCGAUGGAUUGGUCAUGUUAAAUUGCCGAUUGUGUCCAGGGAUGUGCAGGCUGGGUGGGUCAGCCGUGGGGAAAAUGUAGAGUUACAGGGAUAGGUCUGGGUGAGAAGUCUUUGGUGGGUUGGUGUGGAUUUGUUGGGCCAAAUGGCCAGCUUUCAACUGUAGGGAUUCUGUUUAUAUCAUAAAUGUAUGUUAUGGUUCAUUACAUCAACCUUGCUUAAUGGUGUACAAAAUAGUUGUAAUAAAGUAAAGUCUUUGUCUAACAUUCUGUAGCCAAUGAGUCCGAGUUGCGUUGCCCGUUGAAUAGGUUGCUUGAGCCAUUGUACCAAGUGCUGGAAGCAUGGUUAGGCAUAGGGCUCUUGAGCUUGUAGAAUGUGGGAGACAGAUGUGCUGCUAUUCAUACAGCUAUGGUCUGCAGAAUAGGAAAAGAUGUCUGGAUUACCGUUUGUUUGAUAAUCAUACUGUUCCAACUCAUUUUUCACUUGACACUUUUGUAAAGAAUAAACCAGGCAGUUUGUGUUUUGCAUGUAAAUAUGUUAUUAAACUGCCAGAUGCUAGAAGCACAGGAAUACUGUCUUGUAUAUAGCUACUUAUUAUCAAGCAGAUGUGCAUGUGUUAUUGAAGCUACUUUAAAAGAUGAUAAUGCACAGUUUAUAAAACCGUUACAGCCACAAUCUAUGACCAGAAGACCAUGUAUUCAAAAUGUUGUCACAAUUGACAGCUUAAAAAUAUUUUGUAUUUUAAGUUUGGGUUGCUAAUAUUUCAUCAAUCAUGUGUGUCAAUGUUCUGUUAUGUGAUCAAUUCACCAAAAUUGAAUCCAGUCCAACCCAAUCUUACCCUAUCAAAACCGAACAUGGUUCUAUGUACGAAUAGCUGCUUUGAAAAUGUAAUAAUGUGUCCCACCUUGCUGAAUUUAAGGUUAUACUCUCUUGUCCUACCUCAGCCUUCCAGAAUUGAAAUGUGGAAUUUCAGGAAUGUAGCCUAAUGACAGCGGGUUCAGUAAAGUACAUUAUGUCCUGUACCAGUUGUCCAUGGUGGGCAUGGUAUAUAAUUUUGUUUGACUAUAUUUGUAUCUCCUCAAGUAGAUUCUGGUCCACAUGCAUGUUACCUGGGCUGAGCUGACUAAUGAGCAUUAGAAUGCUAGUGUCUUGAAACCUGGGAGCCCUAGUCACACCUAGCAUUUCCUCACACUCAGUCCAGUCCUUGCUUGGCCUGAGUAGUUUUAUAGAUGUGCUUUGGCUGCUGUAUACGAUGAUGAUGAUUUUUUCUGGCUCUAAAGCGCUACGCUACUUCAGGCUGGGUAGCUUGCGGAUCAGGUGUGAGGUCUGUUGGGUUUCUAUGAAGUUCGAUAGAAAUAACAGAGAUCCACGGUUUGAUUCUGUGCCCCUCAACCUGGCAGUUUUCCAUUCACCUCUCAGUACCUGCUGGAAUUGUGGCAGGGUAGUCCGGAAAUCCAAAACUUGUUAUUCGCUAAAAGGAGCCCUUAGGCCAUUACUUUUGACCCAAUGCACCCAUUUCUCUUAAAAACCUAAGAUCUAGUUUUGGUCAUGGUGUAAUUGAAUUUGAUGUGGUUAUUUGCAGACUUUUGUCUGUAUGGUAUAGCAACACUCCAGCAUGAGCCCUAGCAACCUCCGAUAAUUGUUACUUUGCUUGUUAAAGCUAUCCUCAAUGUAGUCGAUCCAUUGAAAUGUUAGACCCAUUAGUGCUCCCCCAAAUAAGAAUCCCACCUAAUACUGCAGAUGUGUAAUUUCAAUUAAUCUUUCCUGGCAUGUUUCAAAUGAAAUGGUGAAUCUGCAUUUCCAGAAAGUUCAGAUAGUGAUAUUUACUUUGGAAGUAAUGUAUUUGAUUUGCAAACUAACCUUUUGGUCACACUGGAUUGGGGAAUACUGUGGUAUGCAGUUAUGCUGCACUGUGGAUGAAAAAGUGCUUUUUUUUGUUUUUAAAAAAUGCUGUUGAAUGCACUGUUUCAGAAAUCUUGACAUUUCCCUUUUUCAAGCAAAUUCCAAACAGAGUGUAAUGUAUAUAAUGGGACCAUGUAUGGAAUAAAGUAUCCUUUUACAGCAUUGUCUUACUCCCUUACAAAACUUUAAACUAUUUUUGUAUAAUAUUCUGAUAGUUUGAAUAAAUCAACAAUUGCUUAUAUUUUCACACUACAUUAAA